AUGCGUUUGCAGAAGUCUAAGAGGGAGCAAGCUGUGGAACACUGUGAUAAGAUUAAAAUACUACAUAUGGAGCUGAUGGCAAAUGAUGAAAAGAUUAAAGAAAAGGAGAAAGAACUGAAGGCAAAAGAGGAAAGGUUGAGGCGUCUCGAAACAAAGGUAAUGGCAAUGUUGUGACUGCUGUCUGAAAGUGUGUCAUAGGAUACAGUAAUUUUUUGAGCACAAUAUAGAUCAUUCUCAUAAAUUGGGCCAAUUAUAAAUUAUUUUGCAGGUAUUAACAUUUCCUGUACUAUCCUCAUUUUGAAGUUUAUAAUUCAAAAGAAUUUUACUCUCAAAUGAGGUUAGUUUAAUUUAAAUGCAUACAAAAUAAUUUUAAAUUGGCCUCCAUUUAUGAUAAGGGUCUAGUAAAUGUAAGUGAUGUGAAAAAAAGUCAUGUAUUUUCACUCAUGUUAAUUUUUUGGAGCUCCAUGGAGUACUCAGCUUCAGCUAUGCUGCUUGAUUGAUGUAGUUCUCCCAUACGUGUAGAUAGUAACCCAGUGUCCUACAACUGGGUGAAUCUAUAUACUGCUGGUCUCCUUCUUUCCUCCCUCUAAUCACCCUGCCCCACAUUUUCUAGAGAAAUUCUUAGAUUCCACGGACAAGGGAGAUCUAGGUAGUUAGCUGAAGGCGCCUGGUAUACUGGUAAUGACAGGAUACUGCUGGUUUUUUAUCUUACCGCCACUGUCACAUUCCCAGGAAUACCUCAAACUGAUAGUUAGCAUCACAAUGUUUAGGUAAACAAGGUAGCUAGACAGCUAGAGGAGACAGAAGAAAUACGCUGUGAGCUUGAGACACCAUGUAAGAAGAAAGCCAAGCACAUGUACCUCCCUGAGAAGUCUAUAAAGUUAAGACAAAAAAUGCCAACAGUGCUAACGUCACCCCUUAGUCAGUCACAAGCUAGGAAGAGGAGAGCUGAGUUGUUUGAGGCAGCAUGCCAGAUCCAUGGAGGGAGACAUGGAACAAAUUGCAGAACCCCAGGAGAAGUUGGCCUUUGCGAAACAACUGUUAAAAAAUGUUCUAAUGACAUACUAGUUAAAGUUUUUUCUAAAAGUCAAAAGAUAAAAAAGAAGGUUCUACCUAAAGUUUACAAAGAAAAUUUAACGAAGUAUGAAGCAUCUGAUGAAAAUAUGCUGAGAAGCAUUGCGGUGUACUAUAGUGGAGGAGUAAUGGGGAAACGAAAGUACCGUGCAACAUAUAGGGAUAGCAGUUACAAACGAAGUAGCUCAAAGGCUGUGCGUAUUGCAGUUAGUUCCUGCCCUGUCCCAAGGCUUGUUCCUUACAAUAAGCUAAUGCCCUUCAUCAAGUCUAUUGACAUUGGUCAACUUCACAGUGUAAGGGAGACCCUUUGUCAUGGACUUGAUGAAGAAGAAAAAGUGGAUGGUAUAUACCGUGAUAUCCAACCUUUGUUGUUGUCACUUGCAGAAUUUUAUCUUUCUCAAAGCAGAUAUCGGCUGGUUUGGUUCGGAGCUGAAGUUAAUACCUUUCAUGUUUCUCUCGGUGGGGAUGGAGCACCAUUUGGAAAAGAUGACACUGCAUUUGCCUGUCUGGUCAGCUUUCUAAAUUUAGGGAGAGGCGUUCUCAGCAGUAAUGAAAAUUUUCUUUUGUUUAGUGGGAAUUGUAAGGAGGACUGUGUUCCUGUGUCACGAUUUUUAAAGAAGGUUGUGCAUGACAUUAUUGAUUUAGAGAAGACCCCUUUUACAGUAAAUUGCAAUGGCACCCCUGUUGAUGUCAAAUUUCGCAUUUCCGAACUCCCAAAUGACAUGACAAUGUUGUCUUUUCUUGCUGGAGAACUUUCAAAUUCUGCAACUUACUUUUCAACUUUUGCAGAUGUGAGCAGUGACACAAUGACCAGACUGGAUGGGACUUUUGGAACAGAUGGGAGGGUAUUGCGGAAGCCAUGGAAGUAUGAGAACAGAACGAAGGUGGUUAAACAGGUUGAUGUAUUUAAAAAGUCACCGGAGAAAAAAAAAAGGCUACAUGCACUCGUCGAGCAAAGGUCACUUCAUUUAUUGCUCAAAAACAUAGCCGUCAGGAAUUUGAGCCAGUUGUAG